UAAAUAAUUAGCAAACUAAUAAUUACUUGGGCAACUGUUCGACUCUGAUUUAUUUUAUUGUUCUUGCUCAUGGGUAAAGAUGUCCCCGACCGUCUACUGCCGACAGGAAUGGUCCCGCAUGUUGUGUCUUGCAAACGCUCAAUUUGUUCUCCACAUUCUUUAGUUUGCUGUUCAGCAUAGCUCAUAGCGGACCGGGUGGCUCCUUUUUUAACUAGGCUACACCCUGCUGGACAAUCUCGGACAUGGCCUUCUCCGAUGGGUUCAGUUUCUCCGGGGACAGGCCAACGCAGCUCCUGAGCGGUAUUUCUGAUCUGUUGGAAGAGGAAGGAAAGGAUGAUGUGCAUAAUGUUGACUGGCUCUCAACAGAGUCUUCGGCCGCUGUGCCAUCACCUCCAGGUACACCGGACUUGCAGUUUCUAGACACACCGGCACCACAGAUAUGGAACAGCAGUGGUGUGUUCAGCCCUCCCAGUAUGCACAAGCCCAGCAACAUGCGGCGGCCAUUACUGCGCAGGCAUCCUUUGUCACCGCCGGGUUUACCCUGGGAAAUGCCUGGCCCACCAAGCCGCGAGUUGGCUGGACCAGGAGAUAUGAAGGCCGGCAGCAGCGCCAGCAGUAGUGCGGUGCAAAGACUGUCCGGAAUUUCUCUCCUUCCACCGACGCCAAGUGCAGACAUUAUACUGCCAGUUACUCCUGGACCAGAUGGCAACAACCAAGUCAGGCUCAGAAACAUCUCUGAAAUCCCUGAGUCCUACCGACCAGUGUUCAAUGGCUUGCCACGCUUCAAUAUCGUCCAGUCACAAGUCUUCGAUGACACUAUGUAUACUAAUAGACCUAUUGUAGUGUGUGCACCAACUGGAUCCGGUAAGACUGUAGUCUUUGAGCUGGCCAUCAUUCGCCUACUGAUGCAGUGCGGGCAGCAAGCCGGAACUUUCCCGUACAAAAUUGUAUAUGUGUCGCCGAUCAAAGCUCUGUGUGCCGAGCGCUGGAAGGACUGGAGUGAAAAGUUCUCUCGCUAUGGCCUAGUGUGCAAGGAGCUGACUGGAGACACGGGCACGGAUGAUUUCCAGGAGCUGCAGCGUGACCAUGUCAUUAUCACCACACCCGAAAAGUGGGACAGCAUGACGAGAAAAUGGAAGGAUAACGUUUCGCUCAUGGAGCAAGUCAGGUUGUUCUGCAUUGAUGAGGUUCAUCUCUUGACUGAUACAGUGCGUGGGCCUACUAUGGAAGCUGUCAUUAGUCGCAUGAAAACAAUCCAGUCAUCUGUCAUGCACAAUAGUGACCGGUCCAUUAGGUUCAUUGCCGUCUCGGCAACCGUGCCAAAUGCAGAUGAUGUGGCUGCAUGGCUAAGCUCACCCAACUUGCCGGCAUGUUUACACUGCCUGAGUGAAGAGCACCGACCUGUUCGUCUGCGCAAGGUGGUGCUCUCCUUCCCCAGCUUCAAGUCCAGCUUCAGGUUUGACAUGUCCCUCAGUUACAAGCUUAGCCAUGUCAUUCGCACCUACUCCGAUGAUAAACCCACACUGGUUUUUUGCUCAACCAGGAAAGGUGUUCAGCAAGCGGCUACAGUUCUGGUGAAGGAAGCCCACUUCAUGAUGACAUCCAUACAUCGGCAAAGGCUGCAACACUUCUCCCAUUCUCUGAAGGAUUCCAAGCUCAGAGAUGCUGUAACAUGCGGCGUUGCUUUCCAUCAUGCUGGCCUGGAUCACACAGAUAGAACGGCAAUUGAAUCGUUGUUUGCCAGUGGAGAUCUUCCAGUCUUGAUUGCAACAAGCACCUUGGCUAUGGGGGUGAAUCUUCCGGCUCACUUGGUAGUGGUCAAGUCAACGCAGCAGUAUGUCUGCGGUGGAUUUCGCGAGUACUCCGAAGUGCAGGUGGUGCAAAUGAUUGGCCGUGCUGGUCGACCUCAGUUUGAUACAUCUGCCACUGCUGUCAUCAUGACGCGACAUGAAACCAGGAAAAAGUAUGAAACACUUGUGAGCGGUACGCAGAUGAUCGAAAGCAGUCUCCAUCACAGCAUGGUGGAACACAUCAAUGCUGAAGUCGUCCUGGCCACAAUCACCGACAUCAACAUUGCACUGCAGUGGAUCAAGUCGACGUUCCUGUACAUCCGGAUACAGAAAAAUCCCACCCAUUACGGUAUUCCUAAAAACAUGGAACUGGAUAUGGUGGAGAAGAAGCUGCUCGACCUGUGUGUGGAGAGUUUGAAGGUGCUGGACGAUGCAGGAUUGGUGUGUCUCACUGAUGACUUGACUCUAAACCCAACAGAUACUGGUCGCAUCAUGGCUCGAUACUAUGUCACAUUCGACACAAUGAAGCGCUUCGUCAAUAUGGACAGUGUUGAUGGCUUGAAAGAGCUCCUGGCCAUCGUCAGCAGUUGCAAGGAGUUUGAUGACCUUGUGCUGAGAGUCACGGAGAAACGAGUCCUCAACACUAUGAACAGUGACAAACACCGGGAAACGAUACGCUUCCCGCUGCCGGGGAAGAUCAAAGCAACGGACAUGAAAAUCAACUGUCUCAUCCAAGCCACCCUGGGAUGCAUACCAAUUCUGGAGAUGUCCCUCGGCCAGGAUGCCCAGAAAAUAUUCAGAAAUGGAGUUCGCAUCACGAAGUGUCUUGCUGAUUGUCUAAUGAUCAGUGGAAGCUUCUCAUCGCUAUCCAGUGCUCUCUUACUUGCCAAGUGCUUCAAGGCCAGGCUAUGGGAUAACUCCAAGUUGCUCGCACGACAGCUAGACAAGAUAGGUAUUACAAUGGCCACUGCACUGAGCCAUGCUGGGCUUACCACCUGGGAACUGCUGGAAGACACUAACCCACGCCGGAUUGAAAUGAUUGUCAACCGAAACCCACCAUUUGGCAACCAAGUUCUAGGGCUGGUGGCUGCUCUUCCGAGGCUUGGACUGUGUUGCAAACAGAUUGGGAAAGCAUUGGCUGAAGACGCCACCGUUGAGCUGACGGUGAACUUGAAGAACUUCCAGUAUCUGCUAGAUAACAGGGCAGUAAUUUCACCCCACCACUGUUCUGUCCUAGUUGUUGGUGAUGGCGACAAUCAAGUGGUCUUCAAGCAGCGAAUUUGGUUGAACAUGCUAUUGAGAACGGGCACCUGGACCAGGACGGUGUCUUUUCAGCGUGCUAUUAAGUCGGAUCAGCUUAACGUGCAGCUGAUAAAUACGGAGUAUGUUGGUCUCGACGUCACCACUAAAAUGUCCAUGGAGUUUGCGUCGCUGCAUCAUUCAAAGUUCCCAGGCUACUCCGCUCCCAGCAGUAUGCCUAAGCCAGAAAGAAGUGUUCCCAAAAUGAAGAAGAUGAGGCAGCAAAAGACUUCUAACAACAUUGGUGGAAAAAGCGACUCUGCAGACUAUAACAGCAGGCCCAUUGUGACUCAGACUCCCAACGUUCAUGACUUUUUGGAUCAGCUUCACUCCAAACAAGAUAAGAUGCCGGAGACACCUGCAAAGCGCUUGCGGCUGUCAUCGAGGAGAGACAACACGCAUGGUUCAGAACUAGCAGUGAAUCUUAACGAGAGGUUCGGCUAUCGUCGUGUUGCUCCGACACAGAGUCUUGCCGAUUACCACCUCAACGAUGACAGUGGAAUCCAAGCCAGUCAAUUGAGCGGUUAUGACUCCUUUCCGACUUCGCCCGAAAUUCACCCUGUGGGUAUUCGGGGCAAUCUAUCAGAACCAAGAUCAAUGCCUGGAUGCUAUCAACAUCAAUCUGAUGGAUUUGCUGAUACUGAUCAAUCCGAUGUGGGAUUCUCCAAGCAGCAAGCUGAGAGCAUGCACCAACUCGAUGAGAUUGACAUGAUGAUGGGUAGGGAGGAUGACCAGCAGAGUACUAACUACCUGUUCCCAGAUAGCUAUCCUGUCACAACGCAACAUGCACAGUCCGGACACGCCGGGCAUCCAGACCUAUACUGUGCUAACAGCGGAGGAGCACGGACACUGUCAUCAGCUGGUGCGGCACGCAUCAACACUCACGGCCAUGCUUCAUUCGCCACACACUCAUAUGCAGGGCGGCAGGAAAAAUGCCGUGAGCAGCUACAAAGGCCAGUAGCAUUAUGCACGCUGAAUGAUUCCAGUGAGGACACCAGGCAGGAUGUGGCAGCAUCCCGUCCAUCAGUCAACAGCAUUCCGCCACAUUUCCAAGGCAUCAUGAACCGUAAGCGGGGAGAACACGCUGAGAACGUCGAUCCGCAAAGCCAAUUAGGCCCAUCAGGCAAGGCUGAGAUGCGUCCACUGGUGCAGAACACCAAUCGCUACACCCUGGUGAGGACCGGUGGCCCUCCGGCACCGGUUGCCGUUGUACCACCUCGUUCUCGCUCUCCCCUUGCUCACCGCAUGCUAGCAAGUCAUGCGUUGCCAAGGCCACCAGGUGCUAAGAGUGGUUGCGCAACAUCCGUAUUGAAUUCAUCACAGUCUGGGAAAUGCCCGGCACCAAGCGUAGCUGCGGCAGAACAACACAACCACCUUUGGAAUGCCAAUGAUGAAAACAUGCCAGACACGCAAUCCAGACAGCAAACAACACAAAAGCACAUAUCGGCAAACCCAGUCCAUUUCAAGAGACCAGAUGAGCCCCAUUCAGACACUAAUCACCGUGAGCAGCAGCCCAGGAAGCAGUUUACGUUUGUCAAUACUCGGAAAACCCAGAAGACUGCAACACCGGCGCAGCGUAGCACUCAGGUACAAUCCUAUCCACCAAGGCAGUCGCCGGAGAUGACAGAAACCUCGGCUGCCUGGACUAAGGCAGCAGGGUGCCAUGUCAUGUUAUCAGAGAGCAAUUACAACAGUGCCCAGGGUAGCUUGCAUCCCGGCCUUGUGGAACAUACUAUGGUGAACAACCCUGAGCAGCAUGAAGUGAAGUUUCCAGUAUCUGCCAGUACUACUGUCAUCCGCCAACCAUAUGUGAUGGAGGGGGCAGCAACAUCUAUGGCAGCAACAUCAUCAUCUAUGUUCUGCAGUCCGGCUAAUGUUAGAACCAGUCUUGAAGUGAACGAGGAUGCUUCACUGGACGGGGUAUUCGAUGGUCUUCUUUGGACGUGAUGACUAUAUCAGUUUUCAUGUAAUUCAGUGUCAGUUUCAAGUCGUGUUUGCACACUGAGUGCUGGUAGGUGAUUUAUGAGCACUACCUUUUGACGUACUGCGUGGGUCCUUCGUCGACAGCACCAGAGCAUAACAAAUUCCUUGUUGGGCUGUUCGCAUCCACAGGAGGAUAUAGGCACUCCUUUCAUUUCUCUAAGAGCGCAUUCACGUAUGAUUGGCGGCAAGGAUUCUGGAGUAGCCUUUAGUUAGAGUAUUGAUUUUCUGGUGGGAUUAGGCAUAGGCUUUCUCCGAUCUUUCUCAGAUUUUUCCCAUAGAUGUUCGGUCAGGAACGUUACAGAUCUCUCAUCUGUACCCUAUUUUCAAGCCGUGAACUGUAUUUGCACAUGUGUGCACGUGAUGCACCAAAAAAAUCCCCUGCCACUUUCCUUUCCAGUCUCUUGACUGAGUUACCAUUCAUUAUUUUUCAAUCAUAUCCGUGAUGGUUGCUUUUGCUGUCUUGAGCAAGGGAAAGUAGCUUUGGGACUGGCAUUACACUGUUAUAUCUCCGCUCUUCCGGCGCUCCUCAUACAAUCCCCACUUCACAGCACUAUGUGCCAUUGCUUGUGAAAUGGGAUAUUAUUUUGUAAGAUAAUGUAGGUGCGCCAUUACCAUCCUAAAGUCACUUCCUUGCCAGGCAUCCACAUUCCAAAUGGAGCAGUCCAAGCCAUCAGCGUCCAUGACUCAUCCAAGCCCAGAGACACAUACAUGCAUACAGUUGCAAGUUGGUUUUGUAGCAAAUAAAUACACGAGAACAUUUGAA